AUGAUCAGCCAUUCCUACCUAGUCGCCAUAGAUUUAACCCCUAAAAACACCGCUAGAAAAAGCACGGUAACUUCAAAAUAUUGCCACCACUGCUCCAAAAACUUCCCCGAUGAUACAUCUCUAAUUAAACACUUAUAUGAACUCCUACCGCUAAAUUUCCCCGUUAAAGAGGAACCGGGAGAUUCAGAGACGACGAAGCCGAAGAAAUCGGUGAUUCCAUACCCUAAAAAAGUUAAAUCUGCGACUCCAGUACAGAAAAAUAUCAAAAUUGAACCGAAAGAAGAGUUUGAAGAGCCGAUAGCAGAAGUACGGAAACGAAAAAUUCGGUUUAAACUGCCUAGAGAUGGCAAAUUCUUCGCGUCCUCCUCUCUUGUGCCUAGAGGAACUUUGUUCCAGUGUAAUAAGUGCCAGAUCGGUUUCCUAUCGUGCUUCAGUGCGCAGGCACAUAGUAAAAACUGCGAAAAAGCGAUGGUAUUCGACAAAUGUGGUGUUUGCAAACGAAAGAUCCGAAAAAAGGACUCUUUGGUGCAUGCUCUGCAACAUCAAACCAAUGAUAAGUUGAAAAUUUACACUAUAAACAAAAAUAUAUACGAUAAAGUGCUUUGCAAAUGCCCCAAAUGUCUGUCGUGCUUCGACGAGCUAGGAUUUUGGGCGCAUUAUGGUAAAUGUAAGAAAUCCGAAAAGAAGUCGACUCGUUGUCCCGACUGUGAUCUGCAUAUCGCAGCCACAAGGUACCAACUCCACCGCAUAAAGCAUGCGACAAAGAAACUUACUAAAAAAGACUUCAUAGUCAUUGAAUUUCUAGACCAUCCUGCUAAGAACUUGGCUGACAUGAAGCUAAAAGCUAAGGAAUAUAAAAAGAACUAUAAAGAAAAGACAAAACAUACUAAACAAGGCGCUGAUGUAGUAAUAUACCCACACGAUAUACCUCUGUAUUACUGCGAUUUCUGCGGUUGUUGUCAAUACAAACUAAAUUACAAGGGCCAUGUAGAUGGCAUGUGCAAAAGUUCAAAAGGAAAGAAAUACUGCGAUAAAUGUGGCCUAUGUUUUUCAGCUAAUAGCAUGACCAGUCAUAACCGCUUACACGCCAAACGCUCAUUCCAGCUUUCAGAUAUAAAAAUAUUCAAUUUACUAACCGGCAAAGUUAUGGUUCCGCCAAUCCCAGAGAUGUAUCAAUGCCAGAAAUGCGAGAAGCACUUUUUGUACUACAAAAAUGUCAGGGAGCAUAAAUGCAAGCAGGAGAAGUAUAUAACAUGUAAAGUGUGCGUUAAAAAGUUUAGCAUACCCGCUUAUAGGAUACACAAAAAGUUCCAUACUGUAGAUGAGUUAAUACCGGAGCUCUUGAAGAAAUAUAAUUCAUUGAAGAGUUUGUGGAAUGUCAUCUACAUGUGUCAAACUUGUGAGCUAGUUAACAUGACCUAUGACUCCGCAGUGACUCAUUCCCAGGGACAUCUGAACUACGUUAUAACAGAUUUUCAUAAAAUGUGUUACAAAUGUAAUCUUAAGAUAGCUGAGAAGGAGUAUCAUUUGCAUCUAAACCUCCAUGUGAAUAAUGUGAAUUUAGGACGGGAUUCAUUCAUGUUCCUAAUGUAUAAUCCAUCGCAUUUGUUCAAGAGGGAAUGGAUGUCGCUAUUCUCAGAUUUGCCCGACCUGGAUCGGAGACAGAUUUUGUUGAAGAGUGUCUAUAGAUACACGCGCAGCAUCCGCCUGCAAGUCGAGUCCACUUCAGUAACAGAUAACAAGAAAUAUUUCUGUAUGAACUGCAACAAGUUCAUGGACGGACUGUCAAUAUCAUCUCAUAUAGCGAACAAUUGCGCCAAAAAUAAUGAAAUCAAAUGCGAAAAAUGUCAGGUAUCAUUCCAUUCUCUACAAAAUCUAUUAGACCAUGAUGCUGAUCAUGAAAAAAUAACUGAAAAAUUCACUAUUGUUAGCUUUAAUAACGAAUGCGACAAGGCUUUCAACAACCAUCUUCGAAUGCUCGAAUGUAAAGUCCCUUCUCAAAGAAAGAAGCAAAAAGAGGUUCCCUUGUCUAAACUAAGAGAGUUACUACUCAAAGAUGGCCCGAAGAAGGGUUUUAAGGUAUAUAAAUGUAGAAAUUGUGACACUUGUGUCAGUUUAAAAUAUAGCGUGCCUCGACACAAUUGUAUUCCUAAAAGCGAAAGGAAAUUUUGUAAUACGUGCGAGCAAUACUUUUCUAAAAAGAAAUUCCAAGUGCAUAUGGAAGCGCAUAGAAAAAGGCCGUAUAUUAGAAAGGGUAAUCUGCAUGUCGUCCUGUUCACGGGUAAAAAUCCGUUAAAAGACGAUCCUUCGGCUAAGGUUUACAAGUGCAGAUGUGGUCUUCAUUUCACGUCCGUAAAAAGUGUAGAAACUCACCUCGAAGUUUGUAAUAAUAGUUUAAAAGUAUCGAAAGAAAAGUGCAGUAAAUGCGACUUGGUCUUUCCAACUGAUUUGUUAGUCACACACAUAAUUAACCAUCACAGUAAAGAAACGAAAUUUGAUAUCGUAAAAGUCGUUAAAGUCAAUUAUUUCGUAUGCUUUAGUUGUACGAUAGUGUUUGUCGAUAUGCCAUCCUUCAACGCUCACACGCAGAUAUGUAAUCCGAAAAAUGGAGCUAAGUGCACAAAUUGUAAAUUGUUAUUUGAUAAAAAGACGCUACCUGCUCAUAGCGUUGCCUGCAAUAAUCCUGAUCUAAUGUUUAUAAAGAAGUUGACCACAGGUAAGAAGAUUGUAAAAGAAACAACUGUUUAUAAAUGUGAACCAUGUGAUCUCUGCUACUUGGCUAAUAACACAUUUAAAUAUCAUGCGAACGAAGUUAAUCACAUGCAUAAGAAUCCGCUGACUUGCAAAGUCUGUGGCUUGAGAUUAACCAAUUGUUCGUACCAAAAACAUAUUAAGCUACACGAGAAUUCGAACGAAGACUAUAAAAUUAAAGUCGUAAACGGUGUUACAAGACAAUUUUACUUUUUGACAGGUAGUAAUAAGGUCGAUAAUGAUUUAAAAUCGCCGAAGAAGCGUAAUUUGACAACCGCUAAUGAUGAUAGUCCUAUUGUUAAUAAGGUACCAAAAUUAGAUGAAAAUUCACCGAAAUUGCGAAAGAGUCGCUCUAAAAUCGAUGAGCCGUCGACGUCAAAAGAAAACGAAGGAUUAGAAAUACCAGAACAAACUAUUGCUAUUACAGAAAUAGACGAUAAGACUCCAAAAUCUAGAAAGAAUCGGUCGAAAAUUGAUGAAGCGGCCAAAGACGAACUGAUAGUGCCCGAUCAAAUUUCGGAUCAUUGUGUAGAAACCGAUACACUUUUGACUGACAAAAAUGAUUCGAACGAUGUUUCUGGCUUGUCAAACAAAUUAAAAUCUAAAUUGCUGAUAAAUAGAUACGAAGCUAACUUAUACAAAUGUCUAAUCUGUAACCAACAUUACAUGAAGGAUUCGUCUUUCGACUACCACGUCAAAAAUCACAAAAAACCGUCAGAGAUUGAGAAUUAUAAUUGCGAUAUAUGUGGUUUAGACUUUUCAAGACACACUUUGCCUAGACACAGAUUUGUACACCACGAUCGAAUGAAAUUAAAACUGGAAGAUUUUAAAAUAUUCACCGAAACUGCUUAUUCUACUGCUGCUGAAAUAAGGGAUAAGAUUGCUCUGUAUCAGGACAAUAAUGAGAGAGUUGCCCCGGCAAUUUGCAAGGAAACUGAUAAUAUAAGCGACGAUGUAAAAAUAAGUGAAAAAACAGCAGAUUCUAUGCAAAAUGAUCAAGAAAUGGUCUACUAUAAAUGCUCUGAAUGCAACGUAUGUUUCGUAGACGCAAAAAUGUGUUACGAACACGCAAACAAACAUGAAGUUUUGGACCCAAAGCUAUACAUACAGUGUAAAAUUUGUGAAUUCCAAUUUUUAAUCGAUUACCUAAAAGAACACAUGAUAGUGCACCAUAAAGACGAUUUUAGGAUAGACAAAUUAACUAUUCAAGAAUAUACGUCUCAAAUUGGCUCUGAACCGAAAAUUGAGACUUAUAAUGCUAUAGAUAAGGUCCAAUCUCGCUUAGUUAGUACCACUACGGAUGUAGGUGUAUCAUAGGUUACGUUUUUUACAAACUUUUUUGCCACCGCUACUCUUGUCGUGGGUAUCGCAAGAGAAAGAGGGUGAAAAAGAGAGAGA